AUGAUCGUCGAGACGGAGGCCUAUAUGGGAGUGACGGACAAGUCGUGCCACACAUACGGCGGCCGUCGGACCAAAUGCAAUGAAGCCAUGUUUAUGUCUUCGGGAACUAUAUAUGUGUAUAAAAUUCAUGGUAUAUAUCAUUGUUUCAAUUUGUCGGCCGAAGAGGAGGGAGCGGUUGUACUGUUGAGAGCUGUCCAGCCGUUAGAGGGAAUCGAUUCCAUGAAUCAAUUGAGGACUCAAUUUCAGCGAAGACGUCGUCAGACGAGUAGCGAUGAUAAUAGGGUUGAGAAGCCAUACAAACCUAAAAUGUUGGCCAACGGACCCUCAAAAUUGUGUAUAGCUUUUGACAUAACUAAGGAUAAUAUGAAUAAAGUGGACAUAACUAACAGUUCCCUCAUUUGGAUCGAG